UCACCGAGCACUUCCCAAGCUGCCCCACACUCAGUCGCAGGGAAGGUGCGCAGACAAGACCGCUCCAGACGCCGCUCGAAAUCAUGGGACUCACAAGUGAUCCAAACUACCAGAAGCUGGAACAAUGGUUCAAGACCCAUGCUGGAAGUCUCAGUAUGAGACAGAUGUUUGAUGCAGACAAGGACAGAUUCAGCAAAUUUAGUACCACUCUUAAAACAGAUGAUGGAGACAUCCUGCUUGAUUAUUCAAAGAAUCUCAUCAAUGAGGAAGUCAUGCACAUGCUGGUGGACCUGGCAAAGUCGAGGGGUGUGGAGGCUGCCAGAGAAAGAAUGUUCACGGGAGAAAAAAUAAACUUCACUGAGGGUCGUGCCGUGCUCCAUGUUGCCCUUAGGAACCGCUCCAACACUCCCAUCAUGGUCGAUGGACAGGACGUCACGCCUGAGGUCAACAAGGUUCUGGAGAAGAUGAAGGGGUUCUGUCAUAAAGUGCGCAGUGGUGAAUGGAAGGGCUACACAGGAAAGUCCAUCACAGAUGUUGUCAAUGUUGGCAUUGGUGGCUCUGACCUGGGCCCACUGAUGGUCACUGAAGCACUCAAGCCCUACUCCAAGGGCGGGCCCCGUGUCUGGUUUGUGUCCAACAUCGACGGAACGCACAUCGCUAAGACCCUGGCUGAGCUCAACGCUGAGACCACGCUCUUUAUUGUUGCUUCCAAGACAUUCACCACUCAAGAGACGAUUACCAAUGCAGAGUCUGCCAAGGAGUGGUUCCUGGCGGUGGCGAAAGAUCCAGCUGCAGUGUCCAAACACUUUGUGGCUCUCUCAACAAAUGCACCCAAAGUGAAGGACUUCGGGAUCGACCCUGAGAACAUGUUCGGGUUCUGGGACUGGGUCGGUGGACGUUUUUCCUUAUGGUCAGCGAUUGGGAUGUCCAUUGCCCUGCACAUUGGGUUUGAGAAUUUUGAGAAGCUGCUGAGUGGGGCUCACUGGAUGGACAACCACUUCCGCACCGCCCCAUUGGAGAAGAACGCCCCUGUUCUCCUGGCCAUGCUGGGCAUCUGGUACAUCAAUUUCUUCCAGAUGGAGACGCACGUCAUGCUGCCCUAUGACCAGUACAUGCACCGCUUUGCUGCUUAUUUCCAGCAGGGAGACAUGGAAUCCAAUGGAAAGUACAUCACCAAUCACGGCACCCGCGUGAACUACCACACCGGGCCCAUUGUUUGGGGGGAGCCAGGAACCAACGGACAGCAUGCAUUCUACCAGCUCAUUCAUCAAGGAACACGCAUGGUUCCUGCUGACUUCCUUAUCCCUGUCCAGACACAACACCCCAUCAGAAACAACCUGCACCACAAGAUCCUGAUGGCCAACUUCCUGGCCCAGACUGAGGCUCUGAUGAAGGGAAAGACCACAGAGGAGGCGAAGAAGGAGCUGGAGGCUGGAGGUCUGAGCGGGGAAGCCCUCGAGAAACUGCUGCCUCACAAAGUUUUCCCGGGAAACAAACCAACCAACUCUAUUAUCUUUAAGAAGCUGACACCAUUCAUCCUCGGAGUGCUUAUUGCCAUGUAUGAGCACAAGAUCUUCUUACAGGGUACCAUCUGGGAGAUCAAUAGUUUUGACCAGUGGGGAGUGGAACUGGGGAAACAGCUCGCCAAAAAAAUCGAGCCUGAGCUUCAGGACACCACUGAGGUUCACUCCCACGACUCCUCCACCAAUGGCCUCAUCAACUUCAUCAAGAAGAACGUAGCCUGAGCCUCCUGAACCCUGUGCUGUGCUCCGCUACCCCGUGUAAAUUACUGACGCAAAGACUGUCAAAUGGCGGUUGUCCCUACCGUGGGAACAGGAGCACUUUUCGACUGCAGUCAUCUGUCUCUGCACUGAGUGUCUAUCAGUUGUGAGGCUUGUGUAAGUCUGAAACUGAUAAAGGAAAUGGCAUGUGAAAGUAUGUUGACGUUUGACCACGCCUUUUUCUUCUGUGUCAUGCAAAGAAUAAAUGUCAGAUUCCUUA